CAGUGAAUAUAUUUUACAACAAUGGAUACAGAAGAGGAUACCAACGCCAACGGGAAAACUUCUGACAUGUUAAGAUUUGUUAGUAUUAUUGAAAAAUUUCCCGUACUUUUGGAAAAGUCUAACAUACCCGAGAUUAAAAGAAAAAAGGCGAAUGCAAUCGAGGAGAUAAAAAGUAAACUAGCAGAUCAAUUGGGAAUAGAAAUGGGUGAAUCACAGAUAUCGAAAAAGUUAAACAAUCUGAAGGCUAGAAUAAAAAGAAAGACUGAUAAAAAUCAAACAGGAAAUAAAAAGAUCCAACUAAGAGGAUGGGAAGCUAAAUUCUUUACAUAUAUGGAAGGAGAGAUAAAUCCUUCAAUUGAGAGAGUAAAAGGAGCAAUUUCUGCUGGUGUAGGGGCGCCUAUGACGGAGACUGAAGAAGUCAGUCUUGACUGUGAACAAUAUGAAAGUCAGCUAGAAGAAAAUGGGUCCUUUAUAACAUGCGUUACCGGGUCUUUUGAGAAUGCAAGUUCCAGCUCUGCAUUACCUGGAACAUCAGCGGCGUCUUCUACAGUGUACAGACCUGUAAAAGACGCAUCAUUGAAAAACCAAAAACAAAAGGAAAAAUUACCAGAAACAAAUGAAACUAGACACCUUAGUACACAAGAACUUCAACGAUUGGUACUUUUGGAACAACUGCAAGUCUUUAGGCUUGCAAAUGAAAUACUAAUCCAGAAAAAACAAGAUCAGGAUAGCCGGCGGGAUAAUUGCGAUAGUCAAGGAGAAGUAACAGAAGCACAGGGAACGACUAAAUACAAUCUAGAAAUUCCUACUUUCUUUAAUUUAAACUAA